AUGCAGAGGCAGGGGCGCCACAUGGAGCGGUCCGGCUCCAAGCGGGCGCUAGACCCUGGCGGCAGUGGGGGCGGCGGCGGCGGCGGCGACGACGACGAACGUGAUCCUAAACGGCCGCGCGUCCCGGCCCUCGCCAGCAACUUGUCCUUUUCUUUCAGUGUCAUUGUAGAAGCUCUCAAGUUGGACAGUUUGCAGAAGCUUUGUUCAUCCCUUGAGCCGAUUCUCCGACGAGUUGUCAGCGAAGAAGUAGAGCGUGCUUUAGCCAAAUUGGGGCCUGCAGCAGCACCUGCUAGAAUUGAAGGGAGGACCUCUCCCAAAAGAAUUGAAGGCCCUAAUGGCAGUAAUCUCCAGCUUCAAUUUCGGAGUAGAUUAGCACUCCCACUCUUUACUGGAGGAAAAGUGGAAGGCGAGCAGGGAGCAUCAAUACAUGUUGUGCUGUUGGAUGCAAACACUGGACAUGUCGUUACUUCAGGACCCGAGUCACUUGCAAAAUUGGAUGUUCUUGUGCUCGAGGGUGAUUUUAAUAAAGAGAAGGAUGAGGAUUGGACUGAAGAGGAAUUUGAGAGCCACAUUGUGAAAGAACGUGAAGGGAAGAGGCCUCUUUUAAACGGUGAUAUCCAUGUGACACUUAAAGAAGGCGUAGGGACCAUAGGAGAGCUUAUCUUCACCGACAAUUCCAGCUGGAUAAGGAGCAGAAAAUUCAGACUUGGGAUGAGGGUCUCGUCAGGAUUUUGUGAAGGAAUUCGUAUCAAAGAGGCGAAGACAGAGGCUUUUACUGUGAAAGAUCACAGAGGAGAAUUAUACAAGAAACAUUACCCUCCUGCACUUAAGGAUGAUGUUUGGAGAUUGGAAAAGAUUGGAAAGGACGGUGCAUUCCACGGGAAACUAAACUCAAACGGAAUCUAUACAGUUGAACAUUUUCUUCAACUUCUUGUUAAAGAUCAACAGAAGUUAAGAAGUAUCCUUGGCACUGGUAUGUCAAAUAAGAUGUGGGAAAGUCUUGUUGAACAUGCGAAAACUUGCGUUCUGAGUGGCAAGCAUUAUAUAUAUUACUCCAAGGAUACAGCAAGUGUUGGUGCAAUAUUCAAUAACAUAUAUGAGUUCACUGGUUUGAUUGCUGAUGAUCAGUUUAUUUCAACGGAAAAUCUUACUGAAAACCAGAGGGUGUUUGCGGAUACAUUGGUGAAGCAAGCAUAUGAUGAUUGGAUCAACGUUAUAGAAUAUGAUGGCAAGGGAUUGUUGAAAUUUAAGCAGAAAAAGAAAUCUGUCACAACAAGAAGUGAUGCUGCAAAUAUCUCUACAAGCUACACUUCUUAUGAUUCAGCGCACUCUCAGAAACAAUUGGCACGAGGACAUGCCAAUGCCAAUAUUGAGCGAUCUCUCAUGAGCAGUACGAGUAAAGCAGAAGAGACAAGAAUUGCAUCCAACGGGAACCAGGUAGCAAUAUAUGCAGCCAAUGCUCAGGACAUCUCACCAAGUAUUACCAUGCAAUAUGGCAUGAGUUCAUUGAUCCCUGAAGGCCAGUUCAAUGGCUCUUCCAUCCAAACUCAAGCAUCAAGAAGCUCCAACAUGCUAGCAUUUGGACCACCACCACAGCAGCAGCAGAACUUCGAAUUCUCAGCACUUGGUCUGUCCAUGCAAUCCCCAGCUCCUAAUCCUUUUGAUGACUGGCCCGGACGGUUGCAGGAGAACCGCGGUGGCGUUGAUGACUUCCUGAUGGAGGAGAUUAGAGUGAGAAGCCAUGACAUACUGGAGAAUGAAGAAGAGAUGCAACAUAUGCUGCGCAUUCUUAGCUGCGGGGCAGCAGCAAACAUGAAUAAUGUAGAUGGCUUUACCUCCUACCCUUCUCCUGCACCGGUGGCCUUCAACUUUGAGGAUGAUCGUGCUCCCUCAUCCGGUAAGGCUGUUGUUGGGUGGCUUAAGAUUAAGGCUGCUAUGCGGUGGGGCAUCUUCGUCAGGAAGAAAGCAGCCGAGAGAAGAGCUCAGCUUGUUGAGCUGGAUGACUAG